AUGGGAGUCGAAGAAAUGGAUGGCUUGACGCUGUGUAUGCUGGGCUGUGGAAACCUGGGUCUCGCGAUCCUGCAGAACCUUGUGAACCCCCCUGAAACGGCAGAUGCCACAAAGCUGCCUAUCCAGCACUUCACCGUCUGCGUCCGCAGCAGCGCGACUGAACAAAAGCUGGCAGACAAGUUCCGCACUAACGCAGACACCGUCAUCGUAUCUUCCGGCAAAAAUCUGCAAGCACUGAAGAAAGCCGACGUAAUAAUUCUUGCAGUCGAUCCCGCCGAUAUAGUAUCAACCCUCAAAGAGCAAGGCGUAGCUGAAGCCUUAUCGUCCCCUCAUAACGGCCGCCCAAAGCUCCUCAUCAGCGUCGCCGCAGGUUGGACUCGGCAGGACCUCGAAAAGACCAUCUUUGGCACGCCAACCGAUACUUCUAAUGCCGAAAGCGGCCGUGCAUGGAUUAUACGGACGCUGCCCAACAUCGCCGCCCAGGUAACCCAGUCCCUGACCGCCAUUGAGAUAUCGGAUCCCACCCCCCCAAGCUGGGCCCUUGAGCUGUGCGACACCAUAUUCACUCAGAUUGGCAAGACGGUUCACAUUCCUCCUGCUCUCAUGGACGCUACGACAGCCGUUGCUGGCUCGACUCCUGCCUUCUUCGCUGUCAUCUGCGAUGCCCUCAUAGACGCAGCCGUCGCCGUUGGCGUGCCCAGGCCUCUGGCUCAUACUAUGACGUUCCAGUCCAUGCUGGGCACGGCUACAAUGAUGCAAGGUGGCCUUCAUCCCGCCUUAUUCAAGGAUCAAGGGAGUUUUACGGCGGGUUGCGACAUUGGAGGUUUCAUGGUCUGGGAAGAUGGGGCAGUGAGGGGGCAUAUGGGCAAGGCCUUGAGGGAGGCUGUCACGAUCGCUCGGCAGAUGGGCAAGAACCCCCACGUCAACGAUACUCGUCAGUAG